GGAGGGGGAGGGGGACCUCCGCACGAGACCAAGUGGCCCGGGUUGGAGAGCCCAGCCCCGCAGCGGAUCAUGGUGCAGCAGGCGGAGAGCUUGGAGGCGGAGAGCAACCUGCCCCGGGAGGCGCUGGACACGGAGGAGGGCGAAUUCAUGGCUUGCAGCCCGGUGGCCCUGGACGAGAGCGACCCGGACUGGUGCAAGACGGCAUCUGGCCACAUAAAGCGGCCGAUGAACGCGUUCAUGGUGUGGUCCAAGAUUGAGCGCAGGAAGAUCAUGGAGCAGUCUCCGGACAUGCACAAUGCCGAGAUCUCCAAGAGACUGGGCAAGCGCUGGAAAAUGCUGAAGGACAGCGAGAAGAUCCCGUUCAUCCGGGAGGCGGAGCGGCUGCGGCUCAAGCACAUGGCCGACUACCCCGACUACAAGUAUCGGCCCCGGAAAAAGCCCAAAAUGGACCCCUCGGCCAAGCCCAGCGCGAGCCAGAGCCCCGAGAAGAGCGCGGCGGGCGGGGGCGCAAGCGGCGGCGCGGGCGGCGCCAAGACCUCCAAGAGCUCCAGCAAGAAAUGCGGCAAGCUCAAGGCCCCCGCGGCCACCGGCGCUAAGGCCAGUGCGGGCAAGGCGGCCCAGCCCGGGGACUACGGCGGCGCGGGCGACGACUACGUGCUCGGCAGCCUGCGCGUGAGCGGCGCGGCCGGCGGCGGCGCGGGCAAGACCGUCAAGUGCGUAUUUCUAGAUGAGGACGACGAGGACGACGAAGACGACGACGAGCUGCAGCUGAGGAUCAAGCAGGAGGCAGACGACGAGGACGAGGAGCCGCCGCACCAGCAGCUCCUGCAGCCACCGGGGCAGCAGCCGCCACAGCUACUGAGACGCUACAACGUCGCCAAAGUGCCUGCCAGCCCCACGCUGAGCAGCUCGGCCGAGUCCCCCGAGGGCGCAAGCCUCUACGAAGAGGUGCGGGCCGGCGCGACCUCGGGCGCCGGGGGCGGCAGCCGUCUCUACUACAGCUUCAAGAACAUCACCAAGCAGCAUCCACCACCGCUCGCGCAGCCCGCGCUGUCGCCCGGGUCCUCGCGGUCCGUGUCCACCUCGUCCAGCAGCAGCAGCAGUGGCAGCAGCAGCAGCAGCAGCAGCGGCGGCGAGGACGCAGACGACCUGAUGUUCGACCUGAGCUUGAAUUUCUCCCAAAGCGCGCACAGCGCCAGCGAGCAGCAGCUGGGGGGCGGCGCGGCGGCCGGGAACCUGUCCCUGUCGCUGGUGGAUAAGGAUUUGGAUUCGUUCAGCGAGGGCAGCCUGGGCUCCCACUUCGAGUUCCCCGACUACUGCACGCCGGAGCUGAGCGAGAUGAUUGCGGGGGACUGGCUGGAGGCGAACUUCUCCGACCUGGUGUUCACGUAUUGAAAGGGGCGCCCCGCUUCUCGCUCUUUCUCUCGGCGGGUGCAGAGCAGGGCUCCUUGGGAGGAAGUCGUGGUGGUCAGGCUGAUGAUGAUGAUGGUGGUGUUGAUGGUGGUGGUGGUAGGGUGGAGGGAGAGAAGAAAAUGCUUGAUAAUAUUGAUAAGAUGUGACGCAAAGAAAUUGGAAAAGAUGAAAUUUUUGGUGGAGUUAAAGUGGAAUGAGUAGUUUUUAAUUUUUUCCUGUCCUCUUUUUUUUUUGUCCUCCCCCCUUAAUCGUGUCUCAAGGUAGUUGCAUACCUAGUCUGAAGUUGUGAUUUUUUUUUCCCCCCCAAAAUGUGUUUUGUAAUUGCUGUUUCUUUUUCCUGAAAUUCGUGAUUGCAACAAAGGCAGAGGGGACCGGGAGGGGGAGGGGAGGGAGGACCCGCUCCCGAAGGCGCUGUUUGAAGCUUGUCUGUCUUUGAAGUCUGGAAGACGUCUACAGAGGACCCUAGGACCCUUUUGGCAGCACAACUGUUACUCUAGGGAGUUGGUGGAGAUUUUUUUUUCUUAAGAGAUCUUAAAGAACUGGUGAUUUUUUUAAGAAACAAAAACAGAAAAAGGGACCAUUGCA